AUGACACUAAAGACCCAGAAUGACAAAGAGCUACCGACUCUUCGCUCUGAAGUCCUUUGUGCGAUUAAGAAACUAAAAGUAAACAAAACACCAGGCGAUGACAACAUCAAUGGUGAACUAAUUCAACACGGAGGUGACAGCAUGGUUGACGUCUUACUAAUAUUAUGCAACAAAAUCCUUGAAACUGGCAAUUGGCCAACGCAGUGGACCGAGUCAACUCUAAUACCAACACCGAAAAAGAGCAACAGCAAAAAAAUGCAGCGACUUUCGCACUAUAAACCGGAUAAGUUACGCAAGCAAAGUUCUCCUUCGAAUCCUUCAAAACAGAAUCGAACCCAGAGUGGAGCAAGUGUUGAGCGAAACGCAAUGAGCAAUCAGUACAGUGACUGGUUCCAAGCUCCCGUAGGUGUCAGACAAGGCUGCAUCCUCUCACCAACAUUGUUUAAUCUCCUUUUAGAAAGAAUCAUGAAUGACGCUUUAGAAGAGUACCGCGGUGGAAUUUCGUACGCAGCCGCCAAAGCCUACGGCAUGGAAAUCAGUGUUGAAAAAAACAUGGUGACCGGGAAAGACCAGCAUCGAACAGAAACAUCUGAAUUGCAAGUACAAAUCAACCAGAAUAACUUAGAACAAGUGAACAGCUUUAAGUACCUAGGUGUAAAAAUAACAGCGAACUGCACGUCAGAUGAUGAAAUCAAUUAG